AUGAUUGAGCAUUUCGUCCUCCCACCGACGGCCUACGUCCCGAACAACAGGCUGCCGGUCAUCGUGUACCGAGACGUCCUGCCGAAGCCACCGGCGGAGGAGAGCACAACAGAGUUUCUGGAGGCGAAUAAAUGGGAGAAGAAGGGGUUCUGGCCCGGGACAGAGGUCCACCACUUUCACCCCAACACCCACGAGUGCUACGGCGUGGUCACCGGCACCACGACUAUGCUCGUGGGUCGCGGCCAGCUGGACGGCACGACGGGCGGGCAGCUGGUGUCCCUCCGCCCCGGCGAUGUCAUUGUUAUCCCGGCCGGCGUAUCGCACAUGAACGCCACCAUGACCGAGGACUAUCGUUUCGUCGGCGUGUAUCCGAGAGGCUCCCCGAAGUGGACAAGUCAGAGGUGCGACAGGCUGGACAUCCUGCCUAUCCUCAGGGAGGAAAUCUCUCGGGUUCCGCUGCCCGCGGCCGACCCGGUGGAGGGCGAAGACGGCACGCUAAUCAGGCUGUGGAAGGGUAUUCCGGGAUGA